GUGGCUUUGUCCUCCCAUCCCCUCCCGCCAGCGUCAUUCGCAUCGGGUUUUCUCCACAGAAGUCCGAGGACCACCCUCUCGUGCCUUCACUGGACCCCCAGCAGAGGCACGGAGAGCCGCUCUCUCAACUCGGCGAUCACCAUGGCGAUCGCUCGACUCCUCUGCUCUCUGCUCCUCGGCUCAGCCGUCUGCGGGCAGCUUCUCCAACGCCACAACUUCACAGUCCUCCCGGAAAAAGGGCGCGUGCGCGGCGUCUUCGAGGUGACCGCCGCUCCGCUGCCGUACGCCUUCAAUGCCUCCGUCGCCAAGGCCGUGUGCGAGCACCUGGGCGUCGCCUUCGCCACGAAGGCCCAGGUAGAGGAGGCCCAUACGCACGGCCUGGAGACAUGCAGGUACGGAUGGGUGCGGGAGCUGACCGCUGUGCUUCCUCGGAUCACGGCAGCGCGGGCCUGCGGCCAAGGAGCCGUCGGAGUCCUCCAGUGGAAAAAAGGGGUCGACAGCCUCUUUGACGCGUUCUGCUUCAACGCGACAGAUUUGGAGAUGUUGUCAGAACCUGUAGCUGCGGGCUCCCCGACGGCCACGGAGCUCUGGUCGACUCCGCGGCUCUUCCCUUCCUCGCGUCCGUCACCGUCCGGCUCUCCCGCCGCUCGUCCGUCCACCUCAACGGCCGAGCCUACCUUGGCCUCGCAGGAUGUUUCCGAGAGGAUGCUGCUCCCUGCUGUCUCCGCCGUCCUCGUUGCCUUCGCCGCCGUGCUGCUCCUGCUCGCUGCCGUCAUCUCGCUCCGGCAUCGCAGAAUGAAAAGGCUCCGAGUCUGUAACGGCGACCAUCGGAAAGCGGAGACGGGGGAUAGGAAGCAAGCCAACGAGAAGGACGCCGGAGGCCACCUCGGUGAAGCCGACGGAAAUUCCAACGACAUCGGCCUCGCCGCCGUCCCCGAGACGCAGCCGGGGUCCCCGUAGCGGCGCCGCGGCGGCCGAGCCCUCGUCGGCUCACAUGUAUUCCUAUCAGUGCUUCGUAAUGGCAGGACUGCUGAGCUUUCACAGCAGCAGUGACCCAAAGUACAUAUUUAUUGUAGUUCUAAAUGUACAAUGUUACAAAACUGCUCUCUGACUAAAUGCUGCCAUCUGGACUGUAAAUAGUGACUCACAUGGAAUGCUGCUCAUUAAACCUCCCCGGGGUCUCCGUUCGUGAAUAAUAACGGCUUCACCUCUCUGGGCGCACGUGAGCCGCGCUCCCUGUGCCCUCCGCCAAGACGAGAGGCCCCUUGGGAAGACGCGCGUCCGUGCGUCUGCUUCCCGUCAUGACAGAGUCCGGUUCGGUCCUGUCCCGCUGGGUUGCCGGCGAAAACACGAAUCCAAGAUGUAUCGCUGCUCUCGAGGGUAGGAAACGUCCCUGGAAACGCGACUCUGCUCUGUGUUAAGACCAGACGGGGAACUCGCGCUGCGUGCUGCUUCCACGGCCUGUUUACACAGGCCAGUACGUGUGAUGGAUGUCUUGCGCUCGAGUGAGAGCUGCGGAAAUUAAUUGUAAAAAGGCCUCGAUGGCAGUCAGAUGACAGCUCAAUAGCUGAAGGAGUCACACGCCCUGGUAUUUUUAGUACACUGAUCUCUGCGCUCACCAUCACAGUCGGGACUGGAAAUCUGUUCGCGGCACCUUUUUUUUCUUUGUCACUUGUACACUUUUGUUGCAAAGUUAUAAUCAAUAAAACCUUGUAAGUCAAAUGUCCCUCGAUUU